CAAAUAUGAAUCUUCUAAUUAACAAGAAUACACCUCGUCAUUGCCGGCAACAAAUCACAUAAUUUCACAAAAAUAAUGUCCUCUAAACAACGGACUUUACGAUGCCGAUACUCUGCUAAACGACCCUUUUCGUACUUAUAAUUAACCACGUAAACAAAUCUUAAUCAUUAUUACAUUCGCAUUCACACACAUAAACACAAAACACUAGCUAACACUAAAUUUUACCACAACAUUCUUUGUUAAACCUUACUUUCAGCCAUGUCAAGCGACAAUGGGUGGAUCACUGCCUUGGAGAAUGAAGCCAAGAAGAGUUACCAACCGGAGUAUGAUCCACGGAGCGGCUUCGAUUCGCGAACCGGUAUCUACCACUCACUCGAACAACUCGGUGAACAUCUAAAGAUACCAACCAGGCCUGACCUUGACACGGCCAUGUUUGUGCUAUCACAAUUUCCACCACCAAAAGAAGCCGAGUCAAGAGUUGCACUCAUUGACUCGGCCACUAACCAGAGAGUUACAUAUGCACAACUCCGCCACUCGAUUGACUCCCUCGCCUCUGGACUGUACCAUGGGCUAGGGAUUCGCAAGGGCGACGUCGUGUUCGUCCUGUCCCCAAACUCACUCCUGUACCCGACCAUUUGUCUAGCCGUACUGUCCAUCGGCGCGGUGCUAACCACCGCAAACCCAGUCAACACCGCGUCAGAAAUCGCCAAGCAAGUACGUGACUCGGGUGCUAAACUCGGAAUUGCUGCACCAGAAGAGGUGUGCAAAUUAGUCUCCACAGGAUUGCCUACACUCCACACUUCUCGUCCAUCCGACAGUGCACUUUCCAUUGAAGAGCUAAUCGAAAGCUGUGAUCCGAUGGAGUUGCCAAAACAAGGGCUCACUCAAUCAGACACCGCAGCCAUUCUAUAUUCCUCAGGGACUACUGGGACUAGCAAAGGUGUAGUAUUAACCCAUUCAAACUUCAUAUCUAUCAUGACACUUCUCAAAUGGACUGUCGACGCAAUAUCGGCCCAGAAUGAUGUGUUCUUGUGCUUCAUACCAAUGUUUCACAUCUAUGGACUUGCAUUCUUUGGCCUUGGCCUGUUUUGUUCGGGCAUAACGACGGUGUUGAUGCAAAAGUUUGACUUCCAAGCUAUGCUUGAUGCAAUUCAAACUUACCAAGUCAAUAAUGUUCCGGCAGUGCCCCCAGUGAUACUUGGGCUGGUGAAGCAUAUUGAUGGUGGUCAUGACUUGUCGUCCCUAAGAAGGAUUGGCUCGGGGGCAGCACCGUUGAGCAAAGAGGUUUCCGAUGCCUUCAGAGAGAAGUUUCCAGGGGUCGAGGUAAGACAAGGCUAUGGACUAACCGAGAGCUGCGGUGCAGGCACUUUUAGUGUUUCCGAUGAACAGGCUAAGGAACGUUCAGCUUCAUGUGGAAGGUUGAUUCCAAGUUUUACUGCCAAGGUGGUGGAUUUUGAGACGGGAUUGGCGUUGCCACCUGGUAGGGAAGGAGAGCUGUGGCUGAAGAGCCCCGUGGUGAUGAAAGGGUACUUGGGAAAUGAGGAGGCGACGGCUGCGACAUUUGAUAAAGAUGGGUGGCUGAGAACCGGAGAUCUUUGUUAUUUUGAUGAAGAUGGAUUCGUUUACAUCGUUGAUCGGAUAAAGGAGCUCAUCAAGCACAAUGGGUAUCAGGUAGCACCGGCAGAAUUGGAAGCAAUUCUUUUGAGUCAUCCUGGUAUUCUUGACACUGCAGUUAUACCAGUUGAAGAUGAAGAAGCAGGACAGAUACCAAUGGCAUAUGUGGUGAAAGCAGCUGGUUCUGAACUUACUGAAGACGAAAUCAUCAAAUUUGUUGCCAGUCAGGUGGCCCCAUACAAGAAGGUAAGAAAAGUAGGCUUCAUCAGUGCCAUCCCGAGAUCAGCAGCUGGCAAAAUCUUGCGGAAGGAGCUAGUUUCCCUAAACCAACGCCAAGUCAUCUCCAAGUUAUAAUAGUUUUAAUUUAAUUUUUUCUUGAAUUUCAUUUUUCCCUAUAUGUAUUCUAUAUUUAUAUAUAUGGAGCCUACAUCUUAAAGGAUAGAAGGAUCGCCAACAAUUGUAUUUCAGCAUCCAGUACUAUUGCAAUCUGAAAACUAUGUUGCAGCGAAGAUCACCGAAGCAAUAUUUGGAAUAAAGAGUUAAUAAAGAGUCUCUAAAGCAUGACUAUGUUAUUGUAUUGUAAAUCUAAGUACUCAAUUACUAGAAAUUACUAUGUCCAAGUCUAAACAAGAAAGGGAAACUAUUGUGCAAUUUUCUAGUGCUUUCUGGUCUUCCCAAGGUUUGAGUUGGGGAAAAUUAGUCUCCACAAAAAAGUUAAGGCAAAACUGUCUACCUACUAUCUCUCUCAAAAAUCAAAUCCUAUUGUAAGCGAGAGAACGACCUUCUUGGCAAUG